ACAUUUCUUAUGUAAAAAAUAAAACUGUUGUUUAUAAUGUUAUGAAAGAAAUGCUACUAAGAGAUAUGGUUAAUCCAAAUUACGUCCAAAUUGUUGGACGAAGUGAGCCAAGUCAAGUUGUUCAUUUUCGAACUGAUGAAGAAGCACCAGGAGGACCACCGCUUCAUAUUAAAGCGAUUCCAAUGAGCUCAUCUUCAGUUAGAGUUACAUGGAAACCACCAAAGAAAGAGUUAACCUUUGGGCCGAUUAUGGGCUAUUAUGUUGGUUAUAAGGUGAAAGAGACUCGAGAUGAUACAACAGGUUCAUACACUUAUAAAACACUGGAGGCCAAAGAUCGUUCCGUUAACAUGGAAGCUCAAAUCAAUGGACUUACUCGAGCAACUAAAUAUUCAAUUACCGUCCAAGCUUUUAACUCAAAAGGCUCUGGCCCAGCAUCAGAAGAGAUUCUAGUUCAAACCUUAGAAAAAGAUCCACCUUCAAUUCCGAAUCUAAAAUUAUCCACUAAAACUGCAAACUCGAUAACAAUCACAUGGAGUUCUGAGACUAAGGCUCAUUCUGAUAAUCCAACUGGUUAUAUUGUCUACAUGAAACGUUCAAGUUCAGAUAAAUGGGAUUCAUUUGAGAUUCCAGGAAGUUCAAUUCUCAUACAACUGAAGCCUUAAGCUGUGGAACCUCGUAUCAAUUUUAUAUCGUGGCCUUUGAUGAGAUCUGUAAAAGUGACCCAAGUAACAUUAUCUAUGUGAAAACCGAAGGGCUGGCCCCCGUUGCGCCCGAUAAACAUUCCCUGUUAUCGAUAAACGCUUCUACUGCAGUUAUACACUCAGAUUCGUGGCACGAUGGAGGAUGUCCGAUCGAUAGAAUGGAGAUAAUGUUCAAAGAAGAAAAGAAAAAGGAAUGGUUCUCUCAUCCACCCGUAAUCUUUCCUCCGUCCAAAGAUGAGAAAGAUAUUAUUCUCUCUGACCUUCGACCUGGAACUUCGUAUGAGCUUAAAAUAACAGCGACAAAUGAAGCAGGUCCAACAACGGUGACCCACAUCUUCAGAACUAACAGUUUGGCUCGAGGUAUGAGAUGGAA